CUACCCGUAGUCCUUCCGGGUUUGCUCAAGUCACCUCCACGUGAGCGAUAACGUGAACUCUAAUAGUAGCAUAAUAACAAACCCUGUCAUUAUGAAUGGAGUCGAGGACGAUGGGUUUACAGCCUUUGUGGCCCUACACGCCGGGGCCCUGCAGUCCUCAGGAAUCCCCCAAAUCUACUGGAGGAGCCUGCACCACAAAAUCGCAAACGAGAUUUAUGAUGCUGGCGAAGUUUUCGGAAUCAUGCAGUUCCAACAAGAAGAUGAGGAGGAGAACGGUGAGAAGAAGUACAGCCAUGGAGCAGAGAUCAACUGUAAAGUAGUUGUGACCCGGGAGAGUGGGCUGCAAGCCUCAGAGCCGACCAGUGUCUUCCUGGUGGAUCACGCCUGGACGUACCGUGUGGACCAUGCCCGUCAGCAGCUGGAGCAGAUCCCCGGCCUGUUGCAUAGAAUGGCUGCCCUCAUGGGGUUGGACUUCCACGGCGAGGCCCCUGACCCCGACACAGUGGAGCUGGUGAUGGAGCGCAUGUGGAAGUACAACCAGACUUAUCACCUCUCCCAGGGGUCUGCAGAGGAGAAGGUUCCGGUGUGGUACAUCAUGGAUGAGUUUGGCUCUCAGGUGCAGCACUCUGAUCAGCCCAGCUGUGGCAUGGCUCCCUUCUACUACACUCAGGACCAGCUGGCCUACUCUGUGCUCUGGCCUCUGCAAGACCUGCAGGAAGGAGAUGAAGUAACGCGUGAUUAUACAUAUGGAGAGACAAACCCCCUGGUGAGGCGAUGUCGCCUGCUACCGUGGAUACCUGAUGAUCUAGACCAGGUCAGCAGCGUCACCACUGAGCCCCCGGACUCAUACUACGAGACCAUUUUACGGGAGAACAAGGAGCAGCUUCCAGUAGAAGUCCAACCCUACACUGUGCCUGAGGACGAAAUCCUCAAGGUUUACUCCGAAAUGUCACAAGUAAGGAACAACCUGACCCAUCCACGGUUCCAUAUGACAGAGGACGAGGGCGAGGCCGAUAUCAUUUGGAGCUAUAAUCACAUCAAAGACUACAGGAAGCUGAGUGAGGAGCGACCUCAUGUGAUGCUUAACCAGUUUCCCUGUGAGAGCAUCCUCACUGUGAAGGACUGCCUGGCUGCUGUGGCCCGUAGAGUGAAAGGCGGCCCAACUCCUGACUGGCUACCAGAGACCUUCAACCUCCAGACAGAGCUGCCACAGUUCAUCAAGCAUUAUCAACAGAGACAACAAAGGGGAGAGGAUAACCACUGGAUCUGUAAGCCCUGGAACUUGGCUCGUGGACUAGACACACACAUCACCAACAACCUGGACUACAUAAUCAGACAAAGAGAGAGUAUGCCAAAGGUGGUGUGUAAGUACCUCGAAGAUCCAGUGCUGUUCAGCAGAGAGGAGGUUGGAAUGGUGAAGUUUGACAUUCGCUACAUGCUGAUGUUGCGCUCUGUGCAGCCUCUGCGUCUCUAUGCCUACAACGUCUUCUGGUUGCGCUUUGCUAAUAGACCUUUCUCCUUGGACCAUUUUGAUGAUUACCAAAAGCACUUCACCGUCAUGAACUACGCAGAAGGGGUGGAGCUUAAACAGGUGCACUUUGAUGAGUUCAUUCCAAUGUUUGACAAGCAGUACCCACUGUAUCCAUGGAAGGAGGUAGAAGCAGAGCUGUUUAAAGCAUUCAGGGAACUCUUUCAGGCAGCCUCAUCUCGACCGGCUCCAUAUGGUAUUUGCCCCUACCCAUCAUCCCGGGCGAUCUAUGCCGUCGACCUCAUGUUGAAGUGGAGUACAGGGCAAAAUGGUGAACGAGUCAUGCAGCCACAGAUCCUGGAGUUGAAUUUCAGCCCAGACUGCGCCCGGGCCUGCCUCUACCACCCCUCCUUCUACAACCACAUGUUCCAGACGCUGUUCCUGGAUCAGCUUCACCAAUGCCCUGUCACACAGAUCAUAUGAUUGACUCAACAGCACCAGUGUGUUUGCAUUUAGUUUUUUUUACAGACAUCCACUUACUUUUUUGUUUGUUCUUUUUCUUCUCCUUUCACACCCUGUCGAUGUAGCUGGUUCAUUUUACCGUCUACUUUCCAAUUGAUUUUGGGAGCUGAUGAAACAUACAUCCAUUUGCCUUUUUAAAGUUGUUCUCAAAACUGCUAGUCUUACAAACCUGGUGAUUAAAACCAAAACACUACUGUAAAAUGGUGAGGCAAUAAAAACAUUGUUGGAUAAUCCGGAA